AUGCCAGGUUUAAAUCCCAUAUAUCUAAUACCACUAUUCGGCAUUAUUACAACAAUUGCUCUUGUCGAUUCGCAGAGAUUAGUCGUCUCGCGGCCGCUAGUCAUGGAGACUCAUUUGACGGGCUCCGAGUUUGAAGAGAGCUUCAUCCGCUCGCUGAUCAAUUCGACGCAGCUUGAUCCCAUUGAUGAAGAGGUGUCCCUUCUCUUAUAUGGUAACAAUAUUAGCUAUACAAUUGUUGAUCCCGCGACGCCAUUCGACUUCAUCGAUCGCAAUUAUUAUUGGAGUACGGAGGCGUUCGACGCGGCGGCGUCCCAGGACAACUCAACCAAAUUCACAUGGAUAUGCGUUUAUAAUAUUUCCGACGACGACAAAUUCUUCACCGAGAUCGAAUUUUCGAAUGGCUCCCGAUUGGAAUCGAUCACAUUCGGUUGCGAGAACGGCAAAGAAUGCUGCGGAUUGAAGUGUUGCGGUGACGAUGUGCUAAUCAAUAUUAUCAUCGUCGGCGCAAUUAGCAUCGCGUUGCUCCUUCUGCUCCUCUGCAAUAUUCUCAUUGGAUUCAAGAAGCGGCGAGAAGGGCGUAAGAGCAACGCGGCAGUGGUGUAUGGCGCACGCCAAAAUGACAACACCAUCGAGAUUGGCGAGGAAAUCGACGCCAAUCAAAUCACGUUGCAGACGCGACAUGUCGCUUCAUCUCCAACUCGAGAUCGAACUGAAAUUUCCUAA